CUUCUGUACAUUCGCCUUUUGCAAUUUUAUAUAUGUACUGGGCUCCAUGCACCAGACUACUUUAUUUAUCGCCAGCAGGAAAUUGUGAAUAUAUUCAACCUUUCAUAUUUUAUAAUCGGUUCACGCGAUUGGAAGGUCAUUGGCGCUAUUUAUUUUCUGAUAACAAUACUGUAUCUCAGGAGUGCCAAAGAGAUAAAACGAUUUUCAAUGCAGACGUCUGGAGGAGCUGCCGCCAAUGGAAGCUGCUACUAUAGAAACUGUUCUAGGGCCGGUGGAGCUCUCCCAAUUAGGAAGGACGCUGACUCAUGAACAUCUAGCGAUGGAUUUCCAUCGAUUCUAUGUACCUCCACCAAAGCCACUGGCCGCUUAUUUCCAGAAAAAAAUUGCAUUGAAUAAUGUCGGAUAUGUCAAGCAAUAUCCAUACAGCAGUCGUUACAACGUGAAUUUUUACGACGAGGACGCGAGUAAAGCCGUCAUUGAAGAUGUCAUGAUUUAUAAGAAAAAUGGAGGGGGUACGAUUGUCGAUAACACAACUUGUGGAAUCCAAAGGGACCUUUCUUUGAUGAAAAAAAUUAGUAACGACACUGGGGUUCAUGUCAUUGUCGGCAGUGGGUAUUACGUGGAGGCCACGCAAGCUCCGAGUACUCUAAAGUUAACUGAGGAACAGAUGCACAAUGUCAUGAUGAACGAAUUGACAAAAGGCUGCAUGGACUACCCAAGUAUAAAGGCAGGAUUCAUCGGUGAAGUUGGAAGCUCAUGGCCGAUAACUGACUUUGAAAAAAUUGCAAUUCGUGCGACAGCAACUGUUCAACGUCAGUUGGGCUGUCCUGUGACAUUUCAUCCUGGUAGAAAUACUCAAGCACCAUUUGAAAUAAUGAAUAUUUAUUUGGAAGCUGGUGGGGACCCGAAGAAGGCCAUCAUGUCCCAUCUGGAUAGAACAAUAAAAACCAAGGAAGCGUUAAUGGAGUUUGCGAAAUUCGACUGCUAUUGUCAAUUUGAUCUCUUUGGGAUCGAGUGUUCGUACUACCAACUGGAUGAAUCCACUGAGAUGCCUUCAGACGCCGAACGCCUCAAUAGGAUCAAGUGGAUUUAUGAGGAGAGAGGUGUUGAACAGAUUCUUAUGAGUCAUGAUAUUCAUACCAAACACCGGCUGAUACAAUUCGGCGGUCACGGAUAUUCUCAUAUUCUCACAAACGUUAUUCCCAGGAUGUCGACCAGAGGAUUCACUAAUCAAGACAUCGAUACUAUUACUAUUGAAAAUCCAAAGACAUGGCUUACAUGGAGAAAUAGUUAACUGCUGCUUUCUUAUUUAUCAAUGAAAUAAUCCUUGACCUGUUAGUCAAGUUAAUAUGUCGAGUUAUUGGACAAUGGGAUUUAUAGAACGACACUCUACCAAGGGAAAAUAGAAAUUCAAUAGAAUUCUAGCUGACUAUUAGCGAGUUUGUCAUGGGUUUAUGAAUAAAAAUUUUUCGUGCCUCAAGUAUCGUUGAGAUGGUAAAGUAGCGACAUGGAUCGAUUGCAAUCGCCAAUCGUCCAGUAUAGCAUAUAAGCACGGCAGGACCCUCAUCUGUUAUGUUAUCUACUCGGUAAUGCCGCCGGUUAGAGGUCAAAUGUAUCAUGAGUGCAAUUGUUUCUACGGAGAGCAAGUCUCGUUGAGUUGGAUAACAUAGACGGCCGAAAAAAAAAAAA